AUGGCGUCAUCCGGUCUCGGAAGAGGCUCCCUUCUGCUGGCCUUGUGCCUUUUGCUGGUGCUGCUUCCAGGCCGCGCUGCCGCUUUUGGUGCCGGCAAUAUCCCCUCCAUUGCUCAGGUAGAGGGCCACAAUUGGCGUCAUGGAGACAUCGAGGACAUGCUGAAGACCAUUGCCUUUUUGAAGGGCAAGAAAUGGACUUCCAUGCUGGUUUCCCGAGUCUAUUUCGGCAACUGGCUUCGCGACUACUCUCAGGCUGUCGACGUCGGUAGCUUGAAGGGAGUGAACGCUCCCACUAUCAGAAUCCUGGUGUGGGUGCUGUCGUUCAUGGCCUUCGGCUACGCGACUGAAGAGUUCGAGGUUACUGAGGAGCGCCUCGGCGUCUACCGCCCCGAAGAGCAUAUCGACAACCCCCUCGGCUACGCUGAUGGCAUGGACGCGCGCAAGUUCGACCCCCGUCUUCGAGGUCCCGUUGAUCCUGUCGAGACAAAGAUUGACUCGCGGACUGGCAUGAAGAACUACAUUGCAAACGAAUCGGGCGGGUGGGCAACCAGUGCUGGCUACUUGCGCUUCAGCUUCGCCCGCAGCAUUCACUAUGGUCGUAUGUACACCAAUGGCUCGCGCGGUUCGGGCAAGGAGGAAGAUCUUUGUGAGGCCCUGCGUUGCCUCGGACAAGCUCUUCACUGCAUGGAAGACUUCAGCGCUCACAGCAACUACUGCGAGCUUGCGCUUCGCGAACUCGGGUACCGCGAAGUCUACCCGCACUGUGGUGCAGCCACCGAAAUCGAACUUCAUGGCCGUCGAGUGUUCCCACUGGUUACCGGAACCUUCGGCGCCGUCGAUUUCCUCCAUUCCGUUCUCGGCGAAGCCACCGACCAUUUUACUCAAUCAGAGGUUGAUGAGAUGAAUGUUGCGCUUCAGAAUGCUGAGGGCUUGACUGCAGGCGUUGGAGGUGGUUCUUCCGGAGGCUCUUCAGGAGGCCUCAGCAGCAUCCCAGGACUCGGAAGCUUGGGCAAUCUUGCCGGUCUCGGCGGCGGCGGCGGCAGCGGAAGCCGCGGGCUCUUCGGCCUCGGAUCUAGUUCAUCUUCUAACAAGUCCAACGACUUCAUCUCUCUCGUCGACCAGCUUCCCGGCAUUGGCGGUGGCUUGGCCAAGCAGGCCAAGGAGCUGCAGACUCGUUCGGCCCAACAAGAGCAGGAAAAUCAGCGUGCCGGCAACUACUCUAGCAACCGCGGCGAUCUCUCGCGUGACAGCGCAAACCAGGUCCCCGGUAUGAGCGCGGACUUCGACCCGGUCAAGACGGCGAAGAACAUCUACCCCAUUCUUCAGUUCAGAGACAAGAUCGUCAAGUCCAUAAGCAACAUCAUCUCCAAGGUUCCUGGUCUGGAAAAGCUCUUGGAUCACAUCAGUGAGACGUUGACUGCGUUCAUUCUCGGACUCUUGGCGCCCUUUGUUCGGCCCAUCAUCAACCAGGUCUCCAAGGUGCUCAAGGACGGCUCCUCGACGGUCAUCAGCGCCAGCUCCAACUCCCAAUUGGAGCCUUGGAAGAACCCUAGCUGCGAUGACCCCACCCAUUCCAUGCUUUCGAAGGAUCACUUCACCAACGUUCUCAACUCGUGUGCUGGCAGAGUCGCAGCUGCGAUUCUGCAAUACGUUGUCCCUCGAGUUCUUUAUGCCUGGGAGAACCCCGGUGUACCCGUCGAUGAGGUCGUUAAUGAUGUCCUCCGUGCUUUCCACCACCCGGCGAUCCGCGACGAGAGAAUUGAGAUCCAGAGGACGAUGUUCGAGACGGUCCGCAAGUGGGCUGACGAGAGCCCUCUGAAGCAUCAGUUGUCUCACCUGCUAUCAUCUGAGUCGGUCAAGGCUGGCAAGAAUCACAUUCUAAGCGGCGAGGGCUCCAGGAGCCACAGUGGCCCUGGUCACUCUCACGGCGCCUGGGACAGCUUCGGCGAGCUGGGCCACGGCAAGAACAAGGGAUCCCUUUGGGGCCAGAUUCGGACGAGAGAUCUCAACUCCAUGGAGGGCGAUGACAGGAAGCCGUUGUCUAGCUCACCGCUGCCUCCUCAGAAUCAGAACUUCGGCUACGACCAAGACCAGCGAGCGAGCAGCCAACCGUACCCCAGUGGCGGGUACGAAUCGUCUCAAGGACAGGCUUCCGGUUACUACAGCCAGCCCGAUCCUCAAGGCUACGGCCACCACCAGCCGCCUCCCCCGCCUCAGGGGCAAUGGGGUCCUCCCCAGCCACCUCAGGGCUACGGUGGACCGGGCUACGGUGGCCCCGGCCCCGGUUACGGCGGACCGCCGCCGGGCCAGUACCCUCCGUACGGACAGCCGCCCCCUCCUCACCACCAGCAGGGCGGUGGUUGGGGACAGUACCCCGGCCAACACCGCUACUAA